CCUCUAAAACGCCUCCCCUCAGAAUCACUGCUCAAAGGUCGACCAGGCAACAGUUUCCUGUUGCGUAUCAGUGACAGCUUUCUGGGUUACAUUGUCUCUCACAUCGCCUCCAGUGGCGCCUGCACUCAUAUCUUUCUGCAUCUACUCAAGCCUCUCAAGACUAGUGUUGAGGACAUCGGUGAUUGGAAGGCGGAAGAGAUGCAGAACGGUAGUAGUGACGGGGACCCACGCUUCUAUCAUCUCCAAGGGCACCGAAAGUUUUUUCCAUCCCUCACUGAGCUUGUCAAAUUCUACAAGGACCAUUCGAUCGUCGACGAAACGAGGGACAAGGAGGAUGGGCUGUAUCUUCAGCAUCCUGUCGGCCAAUCCCAUCUUCCUGUCACCUCUACCUCUCCCUCUUCCGCUGUUUCUUCCAAUCCUCCAUUUGCUGACUACUUUACUUCUCUUUUUCAUCGCAACGACGAGGACGCUGUUACUGUCUUCUGA